GAAGGAGGGAGGAUUGGAACCUGGGUCUCCAAAGCCUGCGGGCCUGGCCGUGCGCAUUGCUGCCGUUCCUGCACGAUCCUGCUUCGCCUCGCAGGCCGUUUCGCCUCCAUCAAAACGUCUCCUCCUUCCCCUAUCCUUGCUCCAAACCUGGAGUCCUAGCCUGCGAACUCCUUCUGGGAGAGGCCCCCGCCGGCCAGGUUUAACAGCCGCAGAGUUAUCCGCUCCAGAGAGCAGCGUGGACGGUCACCAGGGACGUGAGGGUCAUCAUGGAAGCCUCUUUGAGGGAGGAGUCGGGCGCGAAAACCUGCGUGCCUUCGCCGCCUCCAGAUAUUUUCCUUCUGCCUUUUUGGUUCCCAUUCUUCCCUCCAUCCCGUAGUUAUUUAGUCGAUUCGUGGUUUUUUUUGUUGUUGUUGUUUUGUUUUGUUUUAAUGUAAUGUCUGCACUGUUUUCCAAUUUGUUCCCCUCCCCAUGUUUCUUUACCAGUCUUUUAAAUCCCUCGCCCUCCUCCUCCCCCAUUUUCAUCCAAUUUGUCCUUAACAUGUGGGAUUUGGUGUCGAUGCGCCAGCAUAGGAGGACCCUGCCCUUAGAGAAAAUGGUUCUCGCCAGUCCCCAUCCCUUUCCCCCCGCUUGCUAUUGUGCGCCAGUGAGUGACAAGACCACGAGGUUGAGCGCGCCCAGGAGAUUUUUCUGUAAAUGGCUUAAAACCCUAGUUGAGUCUAUUUACUCUGAUCUAAGUGAGACAAUUGCAUUGUUGUUCUCGGCUGGUGAGCUGUGGCUCUGUAGGGCUACCCUGAAUUUAACCAGUCUGCCCUAAGCCCUCGGAGGACAAAAACAGCCGCCACCUCGCACAGACUGGAAAGCGUGGGGCCGCUCUCACAGGACGCUCUGAUCCGGGGCGUUCGCCUAGGUGUCGCCUGAUCCUCCUUUUCCUGUUUGCUUGGGUUCGGGAGCAGAGCACACUGUAAUGGAUUGCAAUCACGGAUGCUCGGCAGAAUGUAUUGGAGAAGGAAGAUCGAAAGAGGUGGUGGAGACUUUUAAGGCUAAAGAUCUAAUGAUUACACCAGCGACCAUUUUAAAAGAAAAACCAGACCCAAAUAAUCUGAUUUUUGGCACUGUUUUCACGGAUCACAUGUUGACAGUGGAAUGGUCCUCAGAUUUUGGAUGGGAGAAACCUCAUAUCAAGCCUUUUCAAAACCUGUCAUUGCAUCCUGGCUCAUCAGCUCUUCACUAUGCAGUGGAAUUAUUUGAAGGAUUGAAGGCAUUUCGAGGAGUAGAUAAUAAAAUUCGUCUGUUUCGGCCAAACCUCAACAUGGAUAGAAUGUACCGAUCUGCAGUGAGGGCAACGUUGCCGGUAUUUGAUAAGGAAGAGCUCUUAGAGUGUAUUCAGCAGCUUGUGAAAUUGGAUCAAGAAUGGGUCCCGUAUUCAACAUCUGCCAGCCUAUAUAUUCGUCCUACAUUCAUUGGAACCGAGGCUUCUCUUGGAGUCAAGAAGCCAACCAAAGCCCUGCUCUUUGUAAUCUUGAGUCCGGUGGGACCUUAUUUUUCAAGUGGAAGCUUUAAUCCCGUGUCCUUGUGGGCCAACCCAAAGUAUGUAAGAGCGUGGAAAGGUGGAAUUGGAGACUGCAAAAUGGGAGGAAAUUAUGGCUCCUCUCUUUUUGCCCAAUGUGAAGCAGUGGAGAACGGGUGCCAGCAGGUUCUGUGGCUCUACGGCGAGGAUAACCAAAUAACCGAAGUUGGCACCAUGAAUUUUUUUCUUUACUGGAUAAAUGAAGAUGGAGAAGAAGAACUGGCAACUCCUCUGCUAGAUGGCAUCAUUCUGCCGGGAGUUAUGCGGCAGAGCAUUCUGGACCUGGCACGCACGUGGUGUGAAUUUAAGGUGUCUGAGAGGUACCUCACUAUGGAUGACUUGACAACUGCCCUGGAGGGGAACCGAGUGAGGGAGGUGUUUGGCUCUGGUACAGCUUGUAUUGUCUGCCCAGUUUCUGAUAUACUAUACAAGGGCGAGACUAUGCAUAUUCCAACUAUGGAGAAUGGUCCCAAUCUUGCAAGCCGUAUCUUGGACAAGUUGACUGACAUCCAAUAUGGAAGAGAAGACAGCGACUGGACAAUCAUAGUCUCCUGAAUGAAAAACCAAAAAAUAUCAUUUGUAUGUCAUUAGGACAGGCUGUUCCACUUGAAUUAUGAUAGAUUUCUUUGGCUACUUGUUUGUAGUUGUGCAUCAUGUAGUCUUUGUAUUAUUGGUGUGUUACCAGGGUGAUUGUAUCCUCAUGCCAGAGAAUAUGAAUUGAAUUGCAAUCAUAAAAUGGUGUCUUAUAAACUUGGUUGUAGACCCUUACUUUACCUUCUCUUAGAAAGAUGAUAAUAUAAGCCAUAUAACGUAGAAUUUUCCUCAACAAUUUAGGGCCUCCCUUAGUAUUUCACUCGUAUACAAAAAUGUGUGUUCUUUUGUUCUUGAGCUUAAAUGUGUUCUGCUCUUCAACCAAAUGAGAUUUUUUUUUUAAUGUUCAAAGCUGAUAUGAGUAAGUAUCAUAAGUUUCAUUUCCUGUGAUACAUCUUCAUCCCCAGAAGGUGUUUUCUGCUUGCUUUUUUAUUUUCCCUCUGCACGCUCCAACACUUCUUGUUUCAAUCAAGAGUCUGAGAAACUGGAUUUCCUCUCUUCACAUUGUUUCGCGGCCACAUAGAAGUCCAUCCUAUGGUGAAACUCAUUCCAACUCAUCCAGAACACGAGUAAGACCGAGACACAUUUCCACCACUCACCUUCCACACUGUAUUGUAAUUGUCUGUUUGUCGGGCUCCACUGCAAGUCUAAAGGUCUUGUGCCUUCUAGAUACUUGUUUCCCCAAUGCCUGGCACAUAGUUAAAUACUCAAUAAAUGUUUUGUUUAAUGAAUGAAUGAACAUUUAGCUUCUAUAGAAGUGUACCUUGUUGUUUCUAUAUUAUGAAUACCUUGUUGUUUCUAUAUUAUGAAACCUAUUAAUUAGAAUUUGUGAUUGAUUCUGACUUUGCAUAUAUUUACCUCAUAUUGUCUUUAUUUUCUAUGGACUAAUAAAUCAUUACAGAUACUCAGAGGCACAGUUAGUUGGAGAAUUGUUUCCUAUUUGAGGACUCUCGGAAAUGAAGGCGUAGCUCUAGAGAGGUCAUGUUGUCAUACCAACCAAAGGUAUAUGACAAAAGUUCUAUGUUAAAUAAAAAUGAAUCAACAUAUUUAAAUUUUUGGUAGAAAGUAAAGAGAUGUGCUCUGGUUUUUGAAUUCUGGUUUUAUAGGUGCUCUUUUCUGUUGACUGGGGAUUGGAUGAAUGAGUGGUUAAGGUACAGGGAGAGCCAUUAUGCAUGGUAAUUUCUUCAUUUAGGAACCGUGAGUUAAAAUUGUAUCCUUCCUGUUUAUCUAGGAGAAAGUCAAAUCUUGAUAGAAAACAUUUACCUUUGCAUGGUCAACUCUGAGAGAUUAUAUUUUUGGUUUCCCGCAGUCCUAAUAACUUUCAUCUUGCUGAUCAUAUUUCAUUCUCUUUUUAGAGCAAGGGGGUAAAAAAGUACUUUGAAAGUUUGUUGCAUUGGAAAAAUUUCCUUAAGGUAUUUAGCAAUACUUAGCAAAUGGGGCUUUGAUUUUUUUCCAAGACUUUUAGCCAUAGGGUCUUUUUAGAUAGGAAUGGUAAAAUGAAAAUUAGGAAAGUGUAAGAUGAAACGGAAUGGUAAAAAUAUCUUUUAGGGGGUUUUUAAUUGGUGAUCUGAAAUCUUGGAAUUGUCUGCUCCUUUCAGGCCUUGGGUACUUCUGACACUCCUCUGCACAUGUUAGCCAAGUAGCAUUCUAAAGGUAUGCUUUAGCUUUGGCUAAAUCCUUUGAACUUAUUUUUAAUACAGUGGUCUAGAAAACACGUACAGGUAAUUUUAACCUGUCAUGUAGUGCAUAACCAGAGCUAGAUUCCUAUGAGAAAUGGAAAUUAUUUCCUUGCCAUAAAUACUUUCUAUCCUUUGCGUGUCUAGAUUUUGGAUGGCAAGGUGCAUCCAUUAUAAAAGUUAGAGAACAAUAAUAAUGUAUUGUCAUUAUUCUGAAUGUUUUCUUUCAUAAAACCUUAAGAGCAUUUUAAGUCCUCUCAACCUAUUUUAGUGAAAACUAGGGAUAUGCAUUUUUUAAAAACUGCAGGUCCCCUAAUACAGAGAUACAAUCUACCAUUUUCGUUUUAAGUAAUAGGACAGGAAAAAUUGACCUAAACACUAAUUUGUUAAAUAUAUUUAAAAGGAACAUCUGCACAUCUUUUUUCCUUGUGCACUAUUUGUUUAAUUGCAGUGGAUUCAUAAAGCAAGAGUGGCAUAUUAUAACGAGGCAAUUAUCCAUUCUUCAGGACUUGGUUAUCGUAACACUAAUUGAUCAUUUAAGGCAUAAGACAGUCUACCUUCAGGAACAUGUGAGGCUAAUCUGCUCGAAGAGAUCAACAAAUUAAUAUUGUUGCUGAUAUUUGCAUAAUUGGGUGCAAUUAUUUAAUGUUUAAUUGGGUUGAUCAAAUGAGAUUCAGCAAUUCACAUGUGCAUGAAUAUAAACAGAACUGGUAGUACUUAAAAUGAUAAUGAUUAACUUAUUUUGCAUGUUCUCUUCCUCCCACUUUAUUCAGUUAUUACAUUUCAGAUUGACUUUUGUCAGUUUUUUCCAAAACACAUAAGGAGAAACCAAGAUUUUAAAAUGAAGUGCUCAGACUUAGACAAAGCCUGAGCAUUUCAUAAAGAUAUCCGCUGUUAGACAUUUUGCUUUUUAUAGUCAUUUAUUGAGGAUUCAAUUCAUGAAACACCAAAAGAAGAGCAAACUUCAAGAAGUGUACCAUGCUCUCUAGUACAAUGCAGCUGUCAGCAAUGAAUAAAUUAAUAAUACCAGCUUUAGCCUUUACUUUCAAUAGGACAUAGGAAAGUAAAAGGCAAAGAGAAAUAAAUUAUUUCUUAUUAGGAAAUCUCAUGUUUUUUUCUACCUGGUAAACAUUCUCUAUUCUUUUCUUAAAAGAUAACUAGAAGGGGGAAGAAAAUCACAGAAAGCCACAAGAAAGCAGAAUGUAGCAUCAACUAUAUUGGAACAUGCAAUGUAGCCAUCUAAAGACCUGGGGAGCCUACUGCAUAUGCCCAGGUUUACAAAACUUUACCAUAUUGGCUUUGUUGCUUGAUAUAAUUGUACCUAAACAAGUGGUUUUGCUUUCCUCAUAUCAGGGCACUCUUGGGCACUUGAAGGCAAUUAAUGAGUAUGUCUCAGUCAAAAGUACUAUAGGAGCCUUUUAUUAAAGCUGCAGUUUCAGCUCUGCUCUAGGAGAAUUGUGCUAUGAAAUCAGCUGCCCAAAAAGCCUCUUUAUUUUUCCCAUCCCCACUCAGUGAUCAAUCACUGUAUUCUUUUUCCUUAUAAUAUUCCCUUUUAAAAAUUAUAUGUUCAGUGUACCCCUAUGAUUGGGAAUGUGUAUUUUAAGUAGUGAGCUGCAACAUUUGUUCACUUUCAGUGAAAUAAAUACAUUGAAAGUGGUAUUUUCUAAAAUCUUUAGAGCAGUACAUCUUCAUUGGCUGUGCUAAGGCAGAGGGCUUAGGCAAGGGUUAGAGAAACAUUGUAAGUCUCCCUUAAUCUCAUGUCCUGAUUCUAAAUGCAAUCGGAGAACUCUUGCAAUGUGGAUUUCUUGGGAGAAUCUGUAGAAACACAGAUUAUACUUAUGCUAACAAGUGAUUUUUCAAAUUAGACAAGCUGUGAGUUUGCAAAACAAUCAUGCGUAAAAGACAGGAUUCCCAUACACCACCCUAUUAUCAACACCUUGCAUUGGUGUGGUACAUUUGUUAGAAUUGAUGAAAGCACAUUUUUAUAAUUGUACUAUUAACUAUAGUUGACGGUUUAAUUU